AAAGUAGUCCACGACUACCCUAGUCCUUGGUUAUGUCAAUCCCAUACAAGUAAUGCCCAAAUUUCGAUCAAACACUAUUUAUAGAACUUUAUAUUUGAGUCAAGAUUUCAGAUCAAACCACUACAAUACCACUGCUAGAGUUUUCAAUUCAACAAUUCAUCCGCAUGGAGAUGAAACUUAAGCUAGUGAUAGUUUCUGCCUUAAUAUGUUGUAUGUUGUCUAUAGUUGUUGAGAGCAACAAUGUUCAUGGCGAUUUCUACACUAAUCAUCAAGAAAUGAUGGGGGUGCAACCUUUAUCGAAGAUUUUUAUGCAUGAACUUGAACUAGGAAUCCAUCCAGAAGCCUCCAUAACAGCUAAUCCUAAUCUUCUCGGCCUAAAGAAACAAAGUAGCGAAUGGAUAACUGUGACGGUUAAACACCCCAAUCCCACUGCAAAUGAUUGGGUCGCAGUUUUCUCUCCUGCGACAUUCAAUGCUUCAACAUACGAGCCUACGAUUGGCAACCCGAAGUACCUGACACCAUUAUUGAUUUCGGCCCCGAUUAAGUACAAAUUUGCAAAUGAGUCGAACUCUGAUUACGUUAAAACGGGACUGGGAUCGUUGAAAUUUCGCCUAAUCAAUCAGAGAUAUGAUUUUGCAUUUGGAUUAUUUUCCGGUGGACUUGCCAAGCCGAAGCUGAUAGCUACUUCAAACAAAAUCUCUUUUGCAAACCCAAAGGCACCUCUUUAUCCUCGUCUUGCACUAGGAAAAUCAUGGGAUGAAAUGACUGUAACUUGGACAAGUGAUUAUGACAUAAACGAGGCAAUUCCUUUCGUAAAAUGGGGCCUCGCUGGUGAAACGCAGACCCGUUCUCCGGCUGGGACAUUAACGUUCACUCAAACCAGCAUGUGUGGUCCACCUGCAAGAACUGUUGGCUGGAGAGAACCUGGCUUCUUCCACACAAGUUUCUUAAAGAACUUGUGGCCAAAUCAGAAAUAUACAUACAAGUUGGGGCAUAAAUUGACGGAUGGUACUUAUGUUUGGAGUAAACGCUACUCAUUCACUGCACAACCAUAUCCUGGACAGAAUUCUCUACAACGUGUUAUUAUCUUUGGGGACACUGGAAAGGCAGAACGAGAUGGUUCAAAUGAGUAUCAAAAUUACCAGCCAGGAUCUCUUAAUACAACAGAUACACUUAUCAAGGAUUUGGGAAACUAUGAUGUAGUCUUUCACAUAGGUGACUUGCCUUACGCAAACGGUUUCCUCUCUCAAUGGGAUCAAUUCACUGAAAUGGUUGAGCCCAUUGCCUCUGCUGUACCUUACAUGGUUGCUAGUGGAAACCACGAGCGAGAUUGGCCAAACUCGGGAUCUUUUUAUAACACACCAGAUUCUGGUGGGGAAUGUGGUGUACCUGCUGAAACAAUGUUCUAUGUACCAGCAGAAAAUCGUGCAAAUUACUGGUACUCUGUCGACUAUGGUAUGUUCCGCUUUUGCAUUGGUGACUCUGAGCAUGACUGGAGAGAGGGGACUGAGCAGUACCAAUUCAUCGAGAAAUGUUUUGCAACAACAGACAGGCAAAAACAACCAUGGCUUAUUUUUGCUACUCAUCGAGUUCUUGGCUAUUCAUCUAAUGAAUGGUAUGCUCAACAAGGUUCAUUCGAAGAACCCAUGGGAAGAAGUAGUCUACAGAAACUAUGGCAGAAAUAUAGAGUCGAUAUUGCUUACUAUGGCCAUGUUCACAGUUAUGAGAGGACUUGCCUAAUGUACGAGAAUAUUUGUAUGAGCUCAGCUACAUCGCACUUCUCAGGGCUGUGGAAUGGAACCAUUCACGUAGUUGUAGGAGGAGGUGGAAGCCAUCUAUCAAAAUUCACAAGCCUCAAGACGACAUGGAGUUUAUUCAAAGAUUUGGAUUUUGGGUUCGUUAAAAUGACUGCAUUCAACCACACAUCUCUCCUUUUUGAAUACAAGAAGAGCAGCGAUGGGAACGUCUACGACUCAUUCACAAUUACAAGAGAAUAUAUGGACGUUCUUGGUUGUACCAUUGGCAGUUGUGCACCUAUUACUUUAGCUACGUAAUUGCCAACCAAAGAGGAGUGACUAUGAAAGGGGUCAAAGAUUAAAAAGUUGAUUAACUGGAGAUGACCCUAAAUUACAAACACACAACUCAAAGCAAGUCAUUGAAGCUAUUUUCCUUCCCAAUGAUACAGGUACAAGUGAAAAUGUGAUAAUGAUAUUACAGGAUGUAUUAUUAUAAUUGAGUAUUUUUCGAUAACUUGUACAAACACAGGUGAGAGGCAUUUAUACAAAGAUGUAAUGACAGACAAUAGUCAAAGUCAACAAGACUUGAUCAUAA